AUGUCUGAGAGCUCUCAGGUCUCCCCUCGCCCCUCCGCUGUCCCUGCCUCCCCUCUUGCCCUUCUCUGGUCGUACGAAUUUCGCCGCCAGAAUGGCAUACUCACCUCCCAUCUGCUGGAUGUCAAGGUACAGCUGAAUGAGCGGGGGCAGCUCACUGAGUUUCUCUCCAAAUCCUUAAAUGACCUUAUUGUCAUCAUUGCUUCCAUGGUGACUGUUCUCGCCGGUUACUCUGACGGCGGCGAGCACCGCAUCCGCCUGCUGCACCGUCUCCUCGGCCAGGCCAUGGCACCUCUGUACCGGUAUGCCGCCAACUGCGACCUGGGCAAUCAAGCUCUCAUCGACUGCAUCGCCCAGCUUGAGGCCCUGUACGAGCUGCCUGCCAUUUUCUUUGACGGUGACGAGGGUGAUGCCGCAACCUCACUUUCCUCGGCUCUCAGCGCCGCAUCAGAUGGCAUUCCUCAGUCACCUCGAUCUGCGCACGGUGAGCGCGCAAAGUCCACCACCGAAAGUGACCAGCACGAUGACCAGCACGAUGACCAGCACGAUGACCAGCACGAUGACCAGCACGAUGACCAGCACGAUGACCAGGCCUCGCCCAAUGAGGCCCGUGAGGCCCUCGCGGUGAAGCUCGAUGCGGUCAUGCAUCAGGAAGGCCGUCCUCUCGAGGACUAUUUCGACGCGGCCUGCGACUUCCGUCGUGACCAGAUUCGCCUGGGUCAAGCCAAUGACCCUGUCUUCCUUGAGGCGUUCCUGGCCGGUUGCGAUAACAAUCUCUACCGUCGUCGCCUCACCCACGCCCUGCGCAAGUACGGCUGGUACUGGACCUGGCUCACUCACGAGGUGCAGUACAUUAUCCUCGAGCAAGAGUACAUGGACAAGCAGAGCUACGCUCUGGAGCAUGUUAAUCCUGACGGCUCAUUCAUGUGGCCAGACGGGACCUCCAAGCUUCGCAUCGUCUUCUUGCCUCCCAUCACCGAGGAGGACCUGACAGACUCGGACCUGGAAUCUGACGAGAAGUGA